AUGCUCGUCACGCGCUGCCACUCCCCCAUUUCACACAGAGGAAUAACGGUGUUGUUUCUGAUAGCUACGGUGUUCCUGCUAACCCUUCUUGCGAAGCAAGAGCACAACAAAGGAACAAGACAAUAUGAGCUCCCCUUUGGCAUAGGCCUUGCCAUUUCUGCGCAGGAUGGCCUCCGUGCAGUCAAGCAAUGCUCCUCAGAGCUGGACUACCUGAGACGCAAAGAGUAUGGCUUAACUCGAAACGUCGUCUACCGCAAACGUUGUGUCCGGGGCGUGUACAGUGAAGAUGCGGGCUUACGGGAUUCAGUAACCGAAGUCGACAGCCCAUUGCUCGGGUCAAGAGCAGAUAUCCUGGAUCUCGACAACGAAUGCAAGAGCAUUUCUUCACCACACUCGCCCGUCGAAGCUCAGUCUUGCGAGCCCAUCACACUCCAAGUAUCGAAGCCAUUCCCGACAGCAGAUCUGUCAAAUGUCAUGUUUGGCGUAGCAACGACGCUCUCCCGCCUCCAAGAUUCGAUCCCUCAGUUCUCUCACUGGCUUUCUGGGACUGGUGCUCUGUUCCUCGCCAUUGUCGUCGAUGAUUCAGUCACUGACGACGACCUGGACGCAUUGGAGUCCAUGUACGAAGCCCACGACAUCAGCCUUACAACCAUUCGGCCCUGGAACUGCUCCUUCGAUGUAAACGAGCAGCACUUUGCCAUUCUCCACGAUCUCAUCGACUACUCCACCCACGAAACCCAAUGGAUUGCCAUCAUCGACGACGACACCUUCUUUCCCUCGCCUUACUCCAUCUCACAACUCCUCGCUUCGCACAACGCAUCCGAACCAACAUACAUAGGCGGCCUUUCAGAAAGCCAGGGUGCCGUCGCAUUCUUUGGCCACAUGGCCUACGGAGGGGCAGGCGUCUUCAUGAGCAUGCCGCUGGUCGAGCAGCUCGACUCGCACGUCGAGGAUUGCCUCGCCCAGAGCAUCACCAGACAGGGCGAUGGCUUGCUGAACGACUGCAUACGAAACUAUACGCAGACCGAGCUUAUCGCCAUUCCUGGCUUACACCAGCUCGAUAUGAGAGGCGACCUGAGCGGAUUCUACGAGUCCGGGACGUUCCCGCUGAGUCUGCAUCACUGGAAGUCAUGGCAUCAAGCCCCCGUCGACAAAAUGGCCAAGAUAGCCAACUACUGCGGCGAUUGUUUCCUCCAGCGCUGGAAGUUUGGCGGAGACAGCAUCCUAGCAAAUGGCUACAGCAUCAGCGUCUACCAAGAUGGUAUAACCCAAGCAGAGUUGGAUCUCAUGGAGGGAACUUGGGAAGAGGCCAUGGGCUACGAGGCGACGAUGGGCAAGAUGCGCGAAAAGGCCGGCGACGGGAAGAAGAAGAGCUACAGGCUCAUUGACGCGGAGGAGGUGGACGGGAGCUUGCGACAAAUUUUUGUGCUGCACGGGGCUUCGGACAUGGACUUGGAUGGGGAGCAGGAGGCGAUGGAUGAGGUUGUUGAGCUUUGGUGGGAUUGGCCAAGGGGAGAUUGA